ACCAGUGUAAUAGCAACUCUCAAUCCUCUGCUCAUAUUAAGAUUCCUGUACUCCACUCAAAAUGAUCAAUUUUGAAGACGAUACGAUAAAAACAACGGACAUCACUUCACUUCAGGUGUUGGCUCCUGUGCAUGGGAUCCCAAUAGGGAUAGAAACCGCCAAAAAUUGGGAAUGUGUGGAAAAAUUUCAGGCCAGAUCUGAUGAUGUGCUCAUAUCAACAUAUCCCAAAGCCGGAACUACAUGGAUGUGUGAAAUUGUGGAUAUGAUUUAUAAUGGUGGAGAUCUUGAAAAAUGCCGUAGAGACACCAUUUAUAAUCGUGUACCAUAUCUGGAAUUUCAAAUGCCUGGAAUGCCUUCAGGUGUAGAACAACUUGAGGCCACCCCAUCUCCAAGACUUGUGAAAACGCAUCUCCCCAUUCAGCUUAUGCCAGAAUCCUUUUGGGAAAAAAACUCAAAGGUUAUUUAUGUUGCAAGAAAUGCCAAGGAUGUGGCAGUGUCAUAUUUCCUUUUCCACAAAAUGGUCAAAUCUUUGCCUGAUCCUGGUCCCUGGGACGUAUUCCUUGAAUCCUAUAUGAAGGGUGAUGUGUGCUAUGGUUCUUGGCAUGACCAUGUUAAAGGCUGGUGGGAAAAGAAGAACGACUACAACAUCCUGUAUUUAUUCUAUGAAGAUCUGAAAGAGAAACGAAAGAGUGAAAUCAGGAAGAUUCUACAAUUCUUGGAAAUAGAGAUGAGUGAUGAUAUUCUAGAGAAGAUUGCUUACCACACCUCCUUUGAGGAAAUGAAAAACAAUGACAUGGUCAAUUAUAAAACCCUACCCAAGGAAGUACUAGACCAGUCCUCUACUUCGUUCAUGAGAAAAGGUGUGGUUGGUGACUGGAAAAACCAUUUCACUGUUACUCAGAAUGAGAAGUUUGAUGAAGACUAUAAGAGACAGAUGUCGGGCACAGACCUUCACUUCAAGACUGAGACUUAAUACCAUGGGAUAUAUUUACUAAAGGUCGAAUUUGUUAAAUUUUGUUCGAUUUCAGAUCAAUCUUAAUCGAUGUUGGUCUUCCAGGGUUAAAACACACAUUUACUAGCAGAUGAUUUUUUAAUAUGAAUUUUAAAUGUUAGUAAAUGUGAGUUUUAACCCUGGAUGCCCAACAUUGGUUAAGAUCGAUUUAAAUCGAUCCAAAAUUGAACAAAAUUGACCUUUAGUAAAUAUAUCACCUAAAAUGCAAGAUUCUAGUCUCCCUAAAUAUAACAAUGGUGAUUCAAUAUUGCAGGGGUUCCGUAAGGGUGUGUCUUGAGCCCGUUAUUAUAUUCAUUAUUUACGUAUGAUUGUUUUUCAGUUUCUGAUUCUGUUAAAGUGGUGAAAUUUGCAGAAGACACAGCGGUUGUUGGUCUGAUAAGUGGAAAUUAUGAGAUAUCCUAUUCCUAUAGAUAUGAAAUUUUACGUUUACAGGAAUGGAGUAGAGAAAAUUUUUGAUUUUAAAUACAUCCAAAACAAAGGAAAUGGUUGUUGAUUUUAGACAUGGUAGCAAUAGACCGUUACUUCCUGUAUUUUUGGAUGGAAAGCCAAUUGAAGAGGUGGCUUCAUUUAAAUUCUUGGCCAUGCACAUUGCAAAUGAUCUAACUUGGUCCUUGAAUUGUUUUUUUUUUUUUAUUAAGAAGGCGCAGCAGCACCUUUUCUUUUUAAGGAGACUUAGGGCUGUCUGUUUGAGUACGAGUACCUUAGGUUUAAUCAAAGUAUUAUAGAGAGUGUUUUGAUGUAUGGGAUUAUGGGCCCUCAUUCCGAGUUGUUCGCGCGCUAGCUGCUUUUAGCAGCCAUGCAAACGCUAAGCCGCCGCCCUCUGGGAGUGUAUCUUAGCUUAGUAGAAGUGCGAACGAAAGGAUUGCACAGCGGCUACAAAAUAUUUUUGUGCAGGUUCUGAGUAGCUCCAGAGCUACUCCUAGCUUGCGAUCACUGCAGACUAUUUAAUUCCUGUUUUGAUGUCACGAACACGCCCUGCGUUCGGCCAGCCACGCCUACGUUUCCCCAGACACUCCUGCGUUUUUAACUGACACGCCUGCGUUUUUACACACACUCCCCGAAAACGGGCAGUUGCCACCCAGAAACACCCACUUCCUGUCAAUCACUCUGCGGUCAGCAGUGCGACUGAAAAGCUUUGCAAGACCUUGUGUGAAACUGCUACGGCCGUUUUGAAAGUACGACGCGUAUGCUGCAAUUUUGCGCCGCAUACGCAGAAUUGCCAAUUUUGCGCUGCAUACGCAUGCACAGAAUUGCCAUUUUUUGUGCCUGAUCGCUGUGCUGCGAACGAAAGCAGCUAGCGAUCAACUCGGAAUGACCACCAUAGUGUGGUUUGGGAACAGCACUGUAGCGGAAUGUAUUGCCCUUGAACAUGUGGUCAAAACUGCUAGUAAGAUUAUUGGGGUGUCUCUGCCCUGUAUGAAGGAUUUUUAUGAAAAAAGAGUGUUAAGGAAAGCUAGGUGUAUACUAGCUGAUGUAAGUCAUCCAAAUAGUUUGGUCUUUGAAAGAUUGCCAUCCCUAAAAUGUUUUAGGAGUGUUCGUGUUCACACUAAUCGCAUGUCGAACUGUUUUUUUCCAAUAGCUGUCCGGAUGUUAAACGACCAUCAGGCUUCGUGCUAAUCUUUUAUAAAUGAAGUAUGUUUCUACUGUUUAUUCUAUUGCGCAGAAUGUUCAUAUUGACUUUCAUUGACAUCUCGUUGCUGUUUUGUUAAUGACAAAUAAAGUAUAUUAUUAUUAUUA